AAUUUAUAAACAAAAUGAUGCCGGUUCCUUUUUUUCCUACAAAUUAAAUCGCUUUAUUGAAGAAAUUGUUAAUUAUGGCUACAAAUUACGCAGACGGUUUAUCUCCAUACGAAAAUAAAGGUGUUCUAGGCGCCCCAGAGAAAUUUGAAGAUGAAGAAAAAGUGAAUGAAAAAUGCGAGAUUUUGGCAGAAUGGAUUAAAAAUGCGAAGCACAUUGUUGUGCAUACAGGGGCUGGCAUAAGUACAUCGGCUGGGAUACCGGAUUUUAGGGGUCCAAAUGGUGUUUGGACGCUUGAAAAAGAAGGUAAAAAACCGGAAAUGAAUAUAUCUUUCGACAAUGCUAAACCUACUCAGACACACAUGGCUUUAAAAUACUUAUUGGACAAAAAUAUUGUACAAUACAUUGUAAGUCAAAAUAUAGAUGGUUUACAUUUAAAAUCGGGUGUAAAUAGAACUCAGAUUUCUGAGUUGCAUGGCAAUAUGUUUACUGAGCAAUGUAAUGUUUGUGAGAGUCAAUUUGUUAGACAUCAAGCUACUACUUCAGUGGGUAAAAAAUUGUUGGGUGGGGAGUGCCGUAGAGCUUUAGUAAGGGGUAGAGUUUGUAGGGGUAAACUUCACGAUACAAUUUUAGAUUGGGAGCACAAUUUACCAUCAAAUGAUUUGGAUAUGGCCGAUUAUCAAUCAAGCUUGGCAGAUUUAAACAUUUGUCUUGGUACUACACUACAAAUUUUACCCAGUGGCGCACUCCCAAUUAAAAACAAAAAAUAUGGAGGAAAAGUUGUAAUAGUUAACUUACAACCCACAAAAUUUGACAAAAAAGCAGAUUUAAUCAUCAACUCCUAUGUGGACAAGGUUAUGGAAGUUUUAAUGGAAAAAUUAGGUUUUAAAAUACCGACUUAUUCUUCCAAUGAUGACCCAAUUAUUAAUCCACCAUCAAGGGAUGUACAACAUUGGAAUAUUGCAAAAAGUAAUAUUACAAAAUACAGCAAAAUGUAUACUGAACUGAAUAAAGACUUCAAAAAACGUAGACGUGAAGAACAACAAGAAAAUACGAAGAAAAAAAUGAAGAAAGAAAUGGGAAGUGAAAUUAAAGAAGAAAAUGACAAGAAAAAAGUUAAAAAGGAGGAAAUUAAAGAGGAACUUGUAAAAGAAGAACCUUAAAGUUUUAUUUUAGGUUUUAUUUUAUGUUGUACAGUUUUGUGUUAAUUUAUUAACUUUUAACGCUUUAUUUUGGAAAUACUCGACUGAUUUAAAUAUUUUAAAAACUUAAUAACCAUUAAUGCAUUUAUUUUUAUAUUAUUUUUUUUUGUAAAAAAUAAACUAACAUUAACAGA